CCUGUUUUUCUUUUAAUAAAAGAGACGCCGAUGUGGGGGGAAUCAUGAACCGUGAACUCUGCGAAUCCUUUGAAAGAGUUGCUAAGAAGAUGGGAUGGAUGGAGGACGGAGGACUGGACGCAGCAGAGAAAAGAUUGUUUAACCAGAUUGGCAAAACACGGCAUGUUGGGACUAGUCACCAGGCAGCCAGGACGUCCUUGAGCGGCUCCAGCGAUGACGAGUUUGACAAUUUCCUUGUUGAAAGGUUGAAAAGUAAAGCUAAUCCACAGAAGCCACGCAGUGCAGCAAAAACACAAAGAUCAACUGUUCAUGUGGUGAGCUCAGAUGAUGACGAUGUUACCUUUGAGACCUUUCUACAGCGAGUGAAAACUCCUACUUCCAAACCCAAGAAAACAGAGAGAGGGAGUGAGGACAGCCUUAAAAACUUCAUAGUGAAUGACUACUCAUCUGACGAUGACUUCAUUGAGACGAAACCAUCUUUCAGAGUUCCCCAAAAGAGCCAUACUCCAGCAGCCCAGCAUCUAUUAAGGAGACCACUGUCUCAGUUAAACUCACCGGUCUUUGUCAGUGACAAUGAUGACGACGAUGAUGUUGUUAUCAAGAGUACCUGGAAGAUUCGUCAUUCAAAGCCAAAGCCACAGCUAAAGGCUAGCAAAAGUGAUGAAGAGAACCGCGUACCAUCACUGCCUUUGCCUCCCAGUCCUUUGCCUGUUUCUUAUCCUAGGAAAACUCAUCCCGCAUCCUCACCCAGCCGCACCUUCUCUGCGCCUUCUCGGCUGGACGAUUCCAGUAGCUCCGACGAGGAGUUUUUAUCCUUACUGGAAAGGCUGAAAAAGAAAACCAAUCCCACAAGCACUUCAUUUUCACCGAAGACCACCAAAGACUCUGACAAGCAGCCUCCUGUCUCAGUGCCUCCUGGGAUAUUUGCAACCCCGAACUUGAAACCUUUAAGAGAAACGCCUAAACAUAUGAAGACACCAGGGAAGUCCUCCAUUUUGAAGCCCAGAGUCAGUCAGACAGAGCCAAGAUGCCGCCCCACCAGCAGGUUGGCAGCGUGUAAAACUCCAGGCUGCUUCCUGGAGUCGCUCACAAACCCGGACUCCAGGUACGGGUCCAGUUUCAAGAAGAACAAGGAAGAACUCACGAGCAAACUCUACCAGCUGUACAACACCAGUGUGUUUGACAAUAAGCUCUCAGUAAAAAUGUCUGUGACCUGGAACAAAAAGAUGCGGAAAACUGCAGGAUACUGCGUCACGGGGCAGGAAAAGGGUGGAGGAAUGCGAUAUGCUCGCAUCGAGCUGUCAGAAAAAGUCUGUGAUUCUGCAGAUCGUCUCAGAGACACGCUGAUACACGAAAUGUGUCACGCUGCAACGUGGCUGAUAAACGGAGUAAGGGACGGCCACGGAAACUUCUGGAAGCUGUACGCUCGCAAAUCCACACUGAUGCAUCCCGAGUUGCCAAUGGUAACGCGCUGCCAUAGUUACGACAUAAAGUACAAGUUCCAGUAUCAGUGCACCCGCUGCCAGAACACGAUCGGUCGCCAUUCCAAGUCUCUGGACACACAGAGGUUUUCGUGCGCCCUCUGCAUGGGUCGGCUGGCCCUACUCACGCCUUCUAAGCCGCGCGCUCCUGCGCCCUUCGCCAACUUCGUCAAAGAAAACUAUGGCAGCGCGCGAAAGGAGCUCGCAGGGCAGAGCCACACGGAGGUGAUGCGAAAACUGAGCGCAGACUUUGCCACAAAGACGAAACUCAGUGAAAGCUGAGCUUGAAACAUUACAGAAAACAUGCUCAUGUUCCAAGAUAUUUCCAGAUUUCUGAGCCACCAUAGUUUGCAAGAGUGAAUUUAUUUUCAUUUUAUUUUUCUAAAUAGUUUGACUUGUCUCCUCUGUGUGUGUAUGUCAUGGGGGUAUUUGUCGCUGGAAAGUCUUAGCUUACACAGUUAAUUUCUGUUCCUGACUUUGUCUGUGUGUGUUUGUAAUGGAAAUGCGGUCCCUGAAAUCCAAACCAGCUGCUGUUCAUUUCUACUUAAGAUAACUUGAGAUCAGUUUCCUCAGGGAGUUGACACGGGUAAAUGUUUUAGUUUUAUUGUUGUGGGGUUUUUUUUAUUGUUAGUGGUUCUCUUUUCCAUGUCUUUUUUUUUUUUUUUUAUAUACCCUAAUUAAAUAAUUUACAAAUAAAGUCAAGCAUUGUAAGGUGAUAACUAAUAUUUCACACAUUUCUGUACAGAUAUCAACAUAUAAACAGGUGGGUUGCUUCAUCACAGAUAAAAGCUAAAUCAAGUGGUAAUAGUUUAAAGUUUUGCGACUUGUUUAAUGAAAAUGUGUUUUGGAGAACUAACUUUGAUACUUUAAAUAGGCCAUGUUUACUUUUCAACUACGGGUUUUAAGUAUUGUUAUUUCGUAAUCUUAGGGUAUUAUGUGUUUGUUUGGUUAAAAGUGAAUGCACUUCUGUCCUGAGAGUAGUAUUGUAGCUGACUUGAAUAAAAAU